CUUACACAACAUUGCUAAGGAAAAGGCUUGGCAAACAGCGCUUUGCAAUAAUUUCCUGGCUAUAAGGGGUGCAAAAAUAGACGAGCUGAAUCACAUCCUGUGCAGCAGUCCAGCACUUCACAGCCAGAAACUCUGAGAGAAAUGGGGGAAGCUGACAUUUCAACUGAUUAUUCUAAUAUCGACUGGUGGGAGGGGAAUCCAAACUCCACCCCUUUUGUGCUCCCCACUGAACCGCCACUGUCCAGGAUUGGUUCCCGGCACUGGUUCGCUCUGGUCUGCUACCUCAUUGUGUUCCUGCUGGGUGUCCCGGGGAACGCUCUGGUGGUGUGGGUGACCGCGUUCCGAAUGCCGAACUCUGUGAACGCACAGUGGUUUCUGAAUCUGGCCAUCGCGGAUCUGCUGUGCUGCUUAUCGCUGCCUCUCCUCAUGGUGCCGCUCGCCCAGGACCAGCACUGGCCUUAUGGUGCUUUAGGUUGCAAAUUACUCAGUGGUUUGCUCUACAUGAUGAUGUACUGCAGCGUUCUGCUCCUGGUCGUGAUCAGCUUGGACCGUUUCCUUCUGGUGACCAGACCGGUGUGGUGCCAGAACCACAGGAACACGAGGCAGGCCCGCUGCGUCUGUUUGGUCGUCUGGAUUCUCUCUCUCCUGGCUGGUUCUCCUCAGUUUGCUCACAUGGAAAUCCAUAAAGAGAGCAAUACUAAAACAUCAUGCAAAGGCAUCUACAGUGACGCAGGUUAUGCAUGGUCUGUAACUCUUACCCGCUGUUUUCUGUCUUUUCUGCUGCCUUUCCUGAUCAUCUGCAUCAGCCAUUGGAAGGUUUUCCGCGCAACGAGCUCUGGACGAAGCAACGACAAGUCGGCCCGGACGCUACGUGUCAUCCUGGCAUUGGUGCUCAGCUUCUUUCUGUGCUGGCUUCCUUUGAACAUUGUGGAUAUUAUGAUGUUAAUGACAGAAGGACGAUCAGAAAGUUUUAUAGCCAACCUGAAUCUAGCCCAUGUGCUGACGCUCUGCUUGGCUUACAUUAACAGCUGUCUGAACCCGCUGCUCUAUGUAUGUCUUGGCCGCGGUUUUAAGGAAAAUCUGAUUAGCUCGCUGCGAAGUGUGCUUCACUUCGCAUCUGAGGCACCAAUUCAUAGAAUCAGCACGACUGCCAUCAGUAAGUCAACCACAGACGGGUUCAGAGAGAGGCCCUUGUGAAAUUUUUGCGAGGAGAUAUGGAUAGUAAUCUUUGUCUUCAGAUACCACUCUCUAGAAUCAUUUGUAGGUUUAAAUAAUCAUUUUAUCAUGACUGCAAAAUGCUGCACACCAAAGAUAUACCAAUUUGUCUACCAGUAUUGUUCUACUGUAUUAACAACAACCUUUUUUAACAUCCGUUACAUUCACACACACAUUUUGCAAACACCAAUUCAUAACCAGGUCAUGUCACAGCUAAGCAAAAACAGCAGUGCAUACUUUACUAUAGGUUUGUUUGCAUGCACAAAUUUUCACCAAUCGGAAUUAAUCCAAUUUGAUUUCAGAUUCUGGAAGCUGUGUUUAUAUGAACAUAUCUAUGUUAUAUAAGUAGCUAUGUCAGAAGAGAUAUAAUAAGUAAAUUAGUCAAAUUUGGAAACUACUUAUACACUGAUCAGUUCAUCAGACAUAUGCAAAAAACAUAUAUAAGUAAACACUCAUAUUUUAGUUUGAGUUAUUUUAGUGGGACUGGGGGGGUGGUGGUUGGGUGCGGUUGGUUGGUGGUUAAGGUAGUUACACAAUCCAAAUGUCAAAACUCAAAAUAUGCUAUUUACAUCCUUAAAAUACACAUUUUACAGUCACUGUUAUGUAUACUGAUCAUAAACACAGCUAAAAAGCCAGUGGCCAUGACAAAACAAAACUUAACAUGAAACUUUUUUUAUCAAUGCAAAAUCUUUCAAUACAAGCAUUUCAGUCAAAUGUAAUUUACAAUUAUUAUUAUUUUUAUUUUUAUUUGUUGCUGGCCUGGGCAAAAGAGUCUAACGCUGCAUUAAGGGCACAUAUUCUCUUCAUAUACUUCAUAUGCUGAUAACGCUAUUUAACUAUGCCUAAAUAUUUUCAUUUACUCCCUUAAUAUUUCUCUUGUGGCACGAACAUGGGCUACUGUAAUAAAUAAAUAAAUAAAUGAAUAAAUAAAGAGAGAGAGAGAGAGAGAGAGAGAGAGAGAGAGAGA